GCUCCUCCACGGAACCGGCUGGAACCCAUGGACACCAUCUUUGUCAAAAAUGUAAAGGAAGAGGGGCCAGCACACCAGGCGGGUCUCCAGACAGGAGACCGUUUGGUUAAAGUGAAUGGUGAAAGCAUCAUUGGGAAAACAUAUUCACAGGUUAUCAGCCUCAUACAGAACUGUGAAGAUGCUUUGGAACUCACCAUUAUGCCAAAAGAUGAGGAUAUUCUGCAACUGGCAUAUUCUCAAGAUGCAUACUUAAAGGGCAAUGAACCAUACUCUGGAGGGGCACAGAGCAUUCCUGAGCCACCACCUAUAUGCUAUCCUCGUAAAAAUUAUCCAUUUCAGUCAAGACGGGAUGUUUCAACAGCUGAAAUUUACCAGGGGCAACAGGUGGAUAAUAGGCAGUCCUACCAUUCAGGGUCCUCAGGCCCAUCUUCUCCUUUGAAUAAUACUGCAGUUCACAAAACUCAUCUAAGUGCCUGGACUGAAUCCAAACAAAAUUUUGCUAGCAACCAUUCCAGUCCUGCCCACUGUACAGAGGAAGUACAGUAUGGAAUGACUCAACGAGCACCUAUUCCCAGGCAUAUCCCAGCUUCUGGUUCUUUCUCCCAGUACCCCAAUAGCAGUUGUCCAGGUUCUGUAACCUCCCCCUCACCUUACAUUCCUCCAACUUACUCUAUGCCCAACCAUAGCUGUUAUGGACCCCCCAAACAUCUUCCUGAUCAUCAGUCACAUGGUGGAUUGAAGGAUGCGCAUCGUGAGGGCAGGCCCUCACGGGAAUGCAUUCGAGCUGGACCCAAAUCUAUUAGCCAUCUAGAAUGCCAGCAGGCCUUGUCCAAUUGGAUCUCAAGUCAAGUACCACGGCGAAGCUCUUCAGAGGAGCGGUGCAGUGCUAUGCCACCUCGUUACCGAAGUGUAUCACAAGACCAUCUGGGAGAUGUUCCGUCCUCCCGAGGAUGGUCUCAUAGUGCUUCCCAAGAAACUUUAAUCCAGUCUUCAGCUCAUGAUAACUGGAGUUACCGUGCAAGAUCAGAUAACUAUCUCAUGAAAUAUGGGCAAUCCAUGGAAGCUCUUGAACAGGCUGACUUGGUUUCUCCUAGUUAUGGGAGGUGCAUAUUGCCAUCAGACAGGUUUUACCAGCAUGGGCAAAUUAACCGAGCCCAGCCUAAUCAUCCAAGUACUCGUAUUCCUUCUGCCUCUUCCAGAGAUCCUCCCUCUAUACAUGUGCAAAAACACCCUUCUCAGCCCAACCUCCAGAGCAUUGAUGACUCUGGUUAUAUUGGCUACCGAAGCUACAGCCCUUCAUUCCAGCGUCGGACUGGCUUGCUCCAUGCUCUUUCUUUCCGCGAUGCUACUUUUGGUGACCUUCCAACAUUUAAUAUUUCUCAAAGGCAAUUGAGUCACUCAACACCAUCCUAUGUUGAGAAAUCUUUACCUACUGCUGUGCUUUCAAGUGCUCCUUCUACUUGUCCAGACCCUUUCGUGGCCAGCAACCCAGAGAUCCUAAUGGACCAAAGAUCAGCUAAACAGGAGAAUGAUAUGAAAUCUUUUGAGCAGAUUUCUUCAUCUCAAGCUAUAGAACCAUUACAGUCUGAUGCUGAGGAGAGAAAAGAUGAGGUGGUUCUUCGACAAAAGCCCCCAACUGGACGUAAAAUGCCUCCUCCUGCAAGACAGAUGAAUUUUGUCUUCCCCAGCGAUUUAAAGGAAACAGACAUUUGUGAUCCACCGGCGCCGGCAGCCAAUAAAGAAAACAAGAGGGGUGUGGCCCCUUUGGCUACACCAGAGGAUUCACUUGCAUUCAUCCCAUUUAUUGAUGAACCGACAAGCCCCAGCAUUGAUCUGAAGGCAAAGCACAUCCCUGCUUCCUCUGUGGUUUCCAGUGCCAUGAAUUCUGCCCCAGUGCUCUCUGCUAGCCCUUCUUCACCUACUUUUACCUUUGCCAUGAACCGCCAUUAUUCCCAGGAUUGCAGCAAUAUCAAAGCCAGCCGUCGAUCUUCCUACCUCUUAGCCAUAACCACAGAACGCUCCAAGUCAUGUGAUGAUGGUCUGAACACAUUUCGGGAUGAGGGAAAACUUUUAAGGAGGUUGCCAAGCCGUGUGCCUAGCCUACGUAUGUUAAGAAGUUUCUUUACUGAUGGGUCUUUGGAUAGCUUGGGUACCUCUGAAGACACACGUUCAAAGAGGCAUUCCACCUCUGAUCUUUCGGAUGUUACUUUCAGUGAUGUGAGGAAAGAGGGCUGGCUCCACUAUAAACAGAUCCUCACCAAAAAAGGCAAAAAAAUUGGCGGAGGCAUCCGGCAGUGGAAACGGGCCUUUGCUGUCCUGCGUGCACACUCACUCUACUUAUGCAAGGACCGAAGGGAGGCUGUGGCCCUUGCCCCGCCCCCAGGUGAGGAGGAGCAGCCACCAAUCAGCAUCCGAGCGUGCCUGGUAGACAUCUCCUACAGUGACACCAAGAGGAAGCACGUCUUCCGGCUGACGACCGCUGACUUCUGUGAAUGUCUCUUUCAGGCCGAGGACCGGGAUGACAUGCUGGCCUGGAUUAAAGCCAUCAGGGAGAGUAGCAAAGCCGAGGGCGAGGACCCUGGGUUUGCAAGCCAAGCACUGAUCAAUAAGAAACUAAAUGAUUACCGAAAAGUGAGUUCCUCAGGGACCAAACCAGAUUCUUCCCCCAAAGGACUUCGAGUGUCAGGGAUGAAGUCAGAAGGGCAGAAGCAAACAGGAAUAGCUCCACCCUACUCCCCACGGCAGGAUGGAGUAACAGUAAAAGAUGACAGUGUUCCCCAGAAAGCUCCUUGGGGCAUCAAUUUAAUGAAGAAGAGCAAGAAACCUGUUCCAAGAGCUUUUGGUAUAAGGUUAGAAGACUGCCAGCCAGCUCCUGACAACAAGAAAAUCCCCCUGAUUGUGGAAGCCUGUUGCAAAGUAGUGGAAGACAAAGGUUUGGAAUACAUGGGCAUCUAUCGAGUCCCAGGGAACAAUGCUGUGGUAUCCAGCCUACAAGAACAAUUAAACAAAGGGGCAGCAGAAAUCAACUUGCAAGAUGAGAGAUGGCAAGACUUGAAUGUUAUUUGCAGCCUCUUGAAGUCCUUCUUUCGGAAGCUCCCAGAGCCACUAUUUACCGAUGAUAAGUACAAUGACUUUAUUGAAGCCAACCGGAUUGAAGAUGCCAGUGAAAGGAUGAAGACCUUACGCAAACUGAUCCGGGAUUUACCAGGCCAUUAUUAUGAAACCCUUAAGUUCCUGGUGGAACACCUCAAGACAAUUGCAGAUCAUUCUGAGAAGAAUAAGAUGGAGCCGCGGAAUCUUGCCUUGGUAUUUGGUCCCACCCUAGUUCGAACGUCGGAGGAUAACAUGACUGACAUGGUGACACAUAUGCCUGAUCGCUAUAAAAUUGUGGAGACCCUCAUACAACACUCAGACUGGUUUUUCAGUGAUAAGGAAGAAAAAGGUGAAAAGACCCCUAUAGAUGAACAAGAGGCCCAAUCAAUGCCAAAUAUUGAGUACCUUCUGCCCAACAUUGGAAGAACAGCAGCAUCAGGGGAUGCUUCAGAUUCAACUAAUAGUGGAUCAGCGAAAUCAAAGGCUUCAUGUGGCUCACGGAAAGAGCACUACCAUAAAGAGAUGCUUGCCAUCUCCUUCAUCUCAGCUGUCAACCGCAAGAGGAAGAAGCGGAGAGAGGCCAAGCGUUUUGGGAGCAGCACAGAUGAUGAUUCUGAGCAUGAGUCAGCUGUCAAGAGAGAGGAGGAGGAGGAAGAAGUGGCUCAGGAGGAAGAAAGAGAGGCUGAAAGAUUUGAGAGCAGCAGCAGAGCUCCAGUUCCUGAUGUGCAGGAUGUCUUCCAAAGCCAGGCAAAACUAGAAGCAGAGCAAGUAGAAAGAAAAGUGGCACCCCGAGGAAGCCCAGAGUUGGCCCUGGAUGCCCGCUCAAUUGUAUCAGGUUAUUCCACCCUAUCUACCAUUGAUCGCAGCCUAUGCUCUGAGGUGCAGUCAGUAGCAGAGAGCCGUGGGGAGGAGGCAGAUGAUGAACGGAGUGAAUUUAGCCAUGUGGAGACAGAUACUGAGAAUAGCUUUGUGCCAAAGCAGCCUGGGAUGCUUCCCAAAGGAGCUGGUGUGGCAGUAGUGGAGGAAGGGGGGGCUGCUGCAUCUGAAAAGAUAUCACACAACCGAACCUCCUUUAGUUCCCAUCACCUCAUGCAGUGUGACACUCUGGCCCGGCGCAAGCUUUUGCGGCCCCGACACAAUAGUGAGUCAUCUUCCAAGGGUAGCACUGAUGUCCCAAGUUCCAGCUCCCCAGGCAGUCAAGAGUCCCUACAGCCUGUGGGUGCCCCUGAGGUCCAUACCCGGCUUUCCCUCACAGAACAACUUCGACUCCGCCUCCGUGGCUCUGCAGAUGACAUGCUGGCAGUGCGCCUGCGAAAGCCACACUCACCUGAGACACGGCGCAAGAAGAACAGUUGGCGGCGCCAUACUGUGGUGGUUCCUGGUGGUCUCAAAGACCUCAAUUAUGAGUGGAAGGAACAACAUGUAUUGGGGACUACUGAGGCUGGUCCACUAGACUCCUCGAACAGAGGUGCGCUAAGGGACAACAAAGACUCUGGGCUUAGCAGCCUAGAGUCAACCAAAGCUCGGUCUUCCUCAAUCACACCAGGGAACAUGGCAGUUCCUAACCAGCAGAGUGAGCCACAGCAUCGUAAAGGCAGCUCUGAGGGGCGUUCAGCUCCCCGACGUACAGCCUCUUUACGUUUCCACCAAUGUCUUUAGAUAGCCUUUCGUUGAAGCUCUUGUAGAAUGGAUGA